AUUCAUUGGCCCCGACACCCAGGGCCUGCUGGGCAUCGCUUCCGCUCCAGCCUCAGCAGCUGCCUCGUGGGCAGCCAAAGGCAGGCAUCCGGGGGGCUUUGUCUGACCAGGCUGGGAUAGGAUAGAAUGGGGGUUCUGGGGGUACUUCUGGGGGUGCUGGCUUUCCUAGGGGUUGCUCCAGAGGGCUCCUUUAUCCAUCACUGGGACAGUACCUCCUGCCAUUUGGUCAGGCCCAUUCCUGGUAACCCUCUGGGCUCCCUGAGCUUCUUGGGCGAAGAUGCCCAAGGCCUGGCAUUAUUCCAGGCCUUCUGGGAUGCGCACCACAGGCUGCAGGUUUGUAUCAGGCAGGAUGAAUCUGAGCUCAUCACAGCUUUCAGGGCCCUCUGUGCUCAAGAGCCCUUGCAGCACUCCUUCAUCCACACCCCUGGACCCGAGCUGCAGAGAGCACUGGCCACUCUGCAGAGCCAGUGGGAGGCCUGUCAAAGGUCUGUGGAUAGUCCUACAGGAGCCAGGGGGAAGCGAGCAACAGAGCAGAGUGGAGCACCUGACCGAGAGCACCAUCGAAGGAGGAGAGGUUGGACCAUUCCUGGCACCCUGUGGUGCGGUGUUGGGAACUCUGCUGAGAACUCCUCAGAACUGGGUAUGUUCCACGGCCCCGACCUCUGCUGCCGGGAACACGACCAGUGCCCACAAACCAUCUCGCCCUUGCAGUAUAACUACGGCAUCCGAAACUUCCGAUUCCACACCAUCUCUCAUUGCGACUGCGAUGCCAGGUUUCAACAGUGCCUGAGGAGCCAGGGUGACUCCAUCUCUAACAUCAUGGGCGUGGCCUUCUUCAACGUGCUGGAGAUCCCCUGUUUUGUGCUGAAGGAGCAGGAGGCCUGUGUGGCUUGGCACUGGUGGGGCGGGUGCAGUGCAUACGGCUCAGUGCCCCUUGCUCACCUUCAGCCCAGGACUUACUAUAAUGCCUCUUGGAAGGCUGAGGCCACCUCACUUACUGCCAGACCCCAAAGCCCAGCACCCAGCAAACACCCCCAGAAGAGGGGCCCAGAGCAGACACAAGCCAGACGCCACAGCAUAACCACCACCAUGCCCCUCCAGACCUCUGCCAUCUCCUCCAGACCUGAUAUGAUCCCCAGAGGCGAGCCAGGAGUCUCCCAUCUGGGCCUUCAGGAUGGCCCAAAAAAUCAAGGUGCCCACCGAGUCUGUCGAAGCCUUCGCCACCUGGACCAGUGUGAGCACCAGAUCAAGCCCCAGGAAACCAAGUUCCACCUGCUCAACAGCGCCCAGACGCCCCUUUUCCAUUGCAAUUGUACCCGCCGUCUGGCACGUUUCCUGAGGCUCCACAGCCCGCCUGCAGGCACCAACAAGGUUUGGGAGUUCCUGGGUACCACCUGCUUCAAGCUGGCCCCCCAACUUGACUGUGCUGAGGGCAAAGGCUGUUCCCAAGACCACAGAGCCAUCAAGGUGUCAGCUAGGCACUUGCAGAGGCUUCAUCAGAACCGACUCCAUUUCUGGGAUAAAGGCACAGGUGGGGUUCUGGCACAGCCUUUGGAGCUCUUGGGGACCCCCAUGUCGUUCUACAGCCAGUGUCUGCAACUAACCCAGGCAAUCUGGAGACCCAGGGGACAGAAGAAAUUCUGGAGUUCAUAACCUCAGUUACAGAGGCAUGGGCACCAGCCUGGCCUUCUUCCUGGUGAUGCUAUGUUCUGAGAGACUUGAAACAGCAUGGCUCUCAUGGACAAGAGGUUGAUGGAAGGAACCUCAAGAUCCAAGUGUUGGACCACAUCUCCUGCUGCACUGGGUGACCUUGAACUGGUGACACAACCCCUGUGGGCCUGGAUAUGGUGUUCAGAGGCUAUUUGGGUGCCUUGGGCUUAGACCUUGUCAGGUAACUUCAUAAACAGAUAGAAAUGGGGAAUGGCUGACUGCAGGAGUCCAGGAGGUACCAGAAGCAGGUACCUGAGUGUCCCUGUUGCUUGACCUGCCUCUCUGAGCUCCGGCAUUUGACAGUGAGGCCUAAAGCCGUGGGUGGGAAACCAAUGAUUCAAAAGAAAUGCCUGUACCUGAAUCCGGGCUGAGGAGCAUGCUCCCACAUUCUUCAGAGAGGACCCCCUUCUUUUAGUUGUUUCUGGGUUCUUCCUGGCCUGAACUAAUCUUUCUGUUCUAACUCUAAAUUGAAAUCUUUUCUGAGCCCAUGAGGAGUUAGGGCAAGGGACCGCCCUCCUCCAUGCUGAACCUUAGUUCCCUCCUCUGAAAAAGAGAGUAGGGGUAGGGUGUCAUUAUUGUUUGUCUGUCUGAAUCAGAGUUUCACUGUAGCCCAGGCUAGCUUCUGCUGUGUAUAGGAGUAUAGCCUUGAACUUCUGGUCCACUUUCCUUUACCUCCAACGCGCUGGAAUUGCAGGUGUAUACCAUCACACCAAGUUUUAGGUGAUACUGGGGAGGGAGACCAGGGUGUUAACCCUUCAUCCUGGUUGAAGCAUGCUACCAACUAAAUUACACCCCCAGCUUGAAAAGGGGACCUGUAAACAUGAACUACCUCAUAGGGGUGCUGAGGAGUAAAUUAAUUAAUAAACAUAUUUACACCCAUUAAACAUUUCUUCUCUAA